AUGCCGUCUCUGGAGCAGCGUAAGCGGCCAGCGUCAUGCGGAACGGGCUUCAACGUACGUCUGUGGUGCAAUAAAGACCCGUGCGGAAUUGUAUGUGCCGUUGUCUCGUGGUUCCUGGUGCUGUAUGCCGAAUGCACCAUCGUGGGCGUGGUGGUGUAUCCGUGGAUGGGUCUGUCACCUCUAGGUCUGCUGCACAUUUUUCUUACUACGGGGAUCUGCUUUUUGGCCCUUGUGUCACACGGAAAAGCCAUGUUAACGGAUCCUGGAGCUGUCCCAGAGUCAGCACUGCCAGUGGCAUUGGCACAUGCAUCAAAGGAUGAGAUUGCAAGAAUGGAAGAGCAGAGAUACCGAACGUGUCGUCGGUGUCGCCAAUUCAAACCAGGGAGAGCACACCACUGUUCAAUCUGUGAUCGCUGCAUCAUCAAAAUGGAUCACCAUUGCCCCUGGGUGAACAAUUGCGUAGGUGUGGGCAACCACAAGUUCUUCCUGCUCUUUAUCUUUUACGUGUUCGUGUUGUCCGCCUACACGCUGACGCUCGUGUUCUUCCGUUACGCCAAGUGCAUUAACGAAUCAUGCCCCACAUAUGGAGCUAUUCGAGUAGCCUGCUUGAUUCUGGAAGCUGUACUCUUUGGACUCUUCACCAUGUGCAUGAUGUGCGACCAGUACAGUGUUAUUACUACGGGAACGACGCAAAUUGACCGUCUAAAGGGCGAAGUAACAGAAAACUUUGGUCUGCGCGAAGUAUUUGGCGGCGUGGAAUGCAAAUUCGCAUUACAUUGGCUUCUUCCAGUGAACAUCUGGUUCCCCUCGUCUGUCAAGAACCAGAUCUUGGGCUAUGUGAUGGAGCACGAGUUAAUAUUUUCCGAAGACGAGGCCUCAGAUAUGGAUACCUUCUUGGAUGAUGACAGCGUGUCCGACGCUUCCAUCACCAUGACCACCGAAACACUGGAGGGAGGGUGGUCCGUGGAAAAAAGAGUUCCUAAUAGUCACGCUUCUGAGGUCGUGUAG